CGAAGCUCAUGGACCGCGCUCAGGAGUCAACUGAAUCGCUGAGGCAUAAAUGUGCAGCAUGCUUCAGACAAUUUAACAAAGUGGAGCAUCUAGUUGAGCACAUGAAAAUUACUUAUCAUUCUCCACAUGAACCAAUUUGUGCUAUUUGCAAAAAGCAUUGCAGAUUCUACGAUUCACUGAGGGAACAUUUGAUUGGUCCAUUACCCAAAGCUGAGUGUGCCAAACAAUUCAGUGAAAGGGGAUGCAGCCUCUGUCUCAAAAUUUUCCCCACUGCAGAACAACUCAAUUAUCAUCGAGCAGCUUGUCAAUCCCUGCCACCAUUGCCUCCUGUUUCUGGGCUACGGCUUUCCUCGCUGAAUAACAGAAUACAGGCAGAAAAGGAGCAGAUUCGUGAUGAAAGUUCAAAUAAGAGCAAUAUUUCUGCCAUUGCAAUGGAUUGUGAGAUGGUGGGUGGUGGUCGGGAUGGGUCUCUAGACCUAUGUGCACGAAUCUGCUUGGUGGAUGAGGAAGAAAAAGUGGUCUUCCAUUGUCAUGUCAAGCCUCCAAUUCCAAUCACAGAUUACAGAUAUGAUAUCACUGGUAUCAAACCAGAACAUCUCAUGGAUGCCAUGCCACUCAAGCAAGUGCAAGAAAAGAUUCAGCAAAUUUUAUAUAAUGGAGAAGCGAUUUGGCGAAUUCGUUUGAAAGGGGGAAAAGCCAAGGUUCUUGUAGGACAUGGCUUAGAUCACGACUUGCAAUGCUUGGGAAUGGAGUACCCUACCCAUCUUAUUAGGGACACUGCUAAGUACAUUCCACUACUAAAGAGUAAUAAAACCAGCAAUUCACUCAACUAUCUCACUCAAUCAUUUUUAGGGUAUAAGAUUCAGAAUGGGACUCACGACCCAUAUGAAGAUUGUGUGGCAUCAAUGCGUAUUUACAAGAAAAUGAGAAAUCAGGACCAUUCCAAGUCUGCUUAUCUCAGUGCAACUGAAUUUGUUAGUGAGAAUGUGGUGUAUUCAAGAAUGCAACAAAGAGACCUGGAGAAAAUGAGCCCUGAAGCUUUGCUCAAUAUUUCACAAUCUGAUUUUUACUGUUGGUGCAUGGAUUCUAGGUCACAGCCAACUUAAUGUGAGAAGCCACUUGAAUCCCUUAACUCCGCUUUCAUAGGAGGGAAUUUGAAAAUCUAAAAAUGUAUCUUAAUCAAGGGAAAGUUGUGUUGGAAGUGGAUUGACUCUGA